AUGGGAGUACACUGCGAUACUGUCGCGGCGAUAAAGAAAUUUAGAAGCCUCGGUGCCGAACUUUUCGACGAUAACAACGCGAAAAGAAUUACGAAGAUAACUGCGGGAGGAACCGAAAAACUACCCCCUCGGCGGUACACCGACCAGACGGAAUUCGCGUUCGGAAAAGACGCUACGCUGUUGCACAUCGGA